AUGUCGUUCGCCAGCACUCGCCACAGUUUCGCGGACGGGCCAGCCCACGCCGCUGGAGUGAGCUUUGCGGAGGCCGUGCUUACGGGCAUCCCCGCAGACGGCGGCCUCUACUAUCCGGUUGCGGUCCCGCGCAUUCCGGCACACACUCUCGCUCAGUGGGGACAGCUGUCUUACGCGGAACUCGCCUGCGAGGUCCUCUCGCUCUACGCCGUCCCCGACGGCUCUCUCACGACCGAGGAAAUUCGCCAGUGCGUCGCCGAGGCCGGCACCGAAUUCCGGCUUCCGGACUGGGCGCGGGUUGCGAAACUAAAGAUGGAGAACCAGGCUGAAGCACCGAUCCAGGCUGAAGCACCGAACCAGGAUGAAGCACCGAACCAGGCUGAAGCACCGAACCAGGCUGGCGCUGGGUUGGAUGGUUGCCAUGUCUUGGAGUUGUUUCACGGUCCAACAUUCAGUUUCAAGGAUUACGCCAUGUGCAUUCUGGGUCGACUGCUGGACCUCUUAUUGGAGAAGCAGGGCGGUAAGGCGGAGGGGACGGUGCUUGUGGCCACCAGCGGAGAUACGGGUAGUGCGGCCAUUGCGGGUUUUAGGAACCGGCGCCGGCUGAAUUGCGUUGUACUGUUGCCGCACAAUCGUGUGUCCGAGGUUCAGCGCCGCCAGAUGACUACGGACCCUGCGGCCAACGUUCACUGCGUGCAGGUGGAGGGCACCUUCGACGAUUGCCAGCGUCUGUUGAAGGAAAGUUUCGCUGAUGAGAUGUUCAAAAAGGCAUACAAACUCCUUGCCGUUAACUCGGUCAAUUUCGCAAGAAUUUGCUGCCAAAUAACCUACUACUUCUGGGCAUGUUUUCAACUGAAAUCACAACCCGUGGACGUCAUUGUGCCCACUGGCAAUUUCGGGAACAUACUCGCCGCAUUCUACGCAAAACGCAUGGGCGCUCCCAUCAACCAACUCAUAAUUGCGUCCAAUGUGAACGAUAUAUUGCCCCGAUUCAUGAGGUCCGGAACCUACCAACUGGCCCCCGUUAUCCCCACAUACUCCCCCUCCAUCGAUAUACAAGUCUCCAGCAAUUUCGAACGACUACUAUUCGUACUCUCCCACGACGCUUCCAACGGUACUACCAACCACACUUCCAAAGGUACUACCAACCAAGGUACUACCAACCAAGGUACUACCAACCAAGGUACUACCAACCAAGGUACUACCAACCAAGGUACUUCUAAAGAUAUUUUUGCACACAACUUGGAGGCUCCAAGCCCAGAGACGGCAAAUGCUAGGACGGAAAUUGGCCAGCUCUAUCAAGACCUGAAAGAUAAAGGGCAAUUCAGUGUUGACAACAGGCUGCUAGAGGCCAUAAGACAGGAGUUCUCAGCCUAUUCCGUCGACGAAGAAGAGUGUCUAGAGACCAUUAAAACGACCUACCACAAUUAUAAGUACGUCGUAGAUCCCCAUACAGCCAUUGCUAUGGCCGCCGCCAAGAGAUAUCUAGCUGACCAUGGGCCCGCUUCUCUUCUUGUCGUGUCCACAGCUCACCCAGCGAAAUUUGCCGAGUCAGUCAAGCAAGUUAUUCCAGAUAAGGCUGUAGAUGACCUGGUACCCGAGCAACUGGCUUGCCUACUGAAUAAAACCGAGCGAUUUCAGGUACUUUCACACGCUUAUUAUUCCAAUCCCUUUGCUUCAGAUAAUAGACCCGAGUUUGGACGGGUUGAAAAAAGCCUUUGUCAAGAUGGCUACCGCAUGAUAUCCGCUAUAUGA